UUGUAGGUCAGUCUAAAAGUCAUGCAGAGGCUAAAUAUGGACUUACAGUUUCUUCUGAUGAUCCAGAGUUACUUGAUAAACUGAAUCAUGGAGCGAAAGAAGGUCUAAGAGUAUUGGUGAAGCAUAUUGAACGAGCAAUACCAAAUCUGCAAGUCCUUCAGGCAUUUGUAACACCAGAAACCUGUGGUAAUAGCCACACAGUUCAGUCUGCUCAUCCUGACUUUCAUCUUAUUAUGAGCACUUCCCUUCCAAUCCGAACUCUGAUACAGGAAAUUCAUCCUUCAUUUCUCGAGGAGGUUCAAAUGAUUGAUCUUUCUCCAAGCACAUCUGAAGUUCGGGACCUGAUUCUGACAGAACUGAUGCAGACUGAAUGUUCAGCUCUAUGGACUCUACAUCAUCGAGUACAAACAAAAAAACAGAUACUUCAGCAUAAACUUUCUGAGAACAAGUUUUCCUUGAUGGAGUAUGUCAUGCAUGCCUCUACACCACUUCUCCAGGACCCUCAGUUCCUUCCACAGGUCUAUAUGUGUCAGAGUGUCUCUCUCGGACUUGAAACAGAAAUCAAGGCGCUAUCUCAACAGAUAGAUCAGCAUAAACCCCUAAUGACUGAUUUUUAUCAAAUAGCAGAGCUCACCACAUCCCUUUACAAUGCCCUGCAGGACGUGGCCCAGCUGUCCCCCUGUUAUCUUUUCACUCUUCAUGGUUUCCUGCUCACUUUGCGGUCAGCUUUAGCCAUGGAGAGCCCAGACGGGAGAGAGACGGAGCUCAGAGCAGGCAAAUCUGAGAUUACCUACAGGAUUGUCUCUCAUAUCUUUUCCCAGUAUAAACCCUGCUUGUUCCAGAGCCAUUCCACUUUAUUCAGAUUAUUGGUAUCUUUUGCCAUUAUUGAGCACAAUGAGGGCUGCCCUGAGGUAGAACGAGUCAUUUUCCUCAGAGGAUUAAGCAACUGGGAGUCUUCAGAGCAUUUUUUAUCAGCGUCAACACAGUCUAUCCCCGAGCUGCCAAGCUGGAUUCAAACACAAUCUCCAGAUGAUGUUUAUCUGUUACAGACGAUUGCACCCUUCAGGGGUCUUGUGUCCUCUCUUGUGAAUUCAUCUAGACUGUGGCAGAAAUACCUGCGCUUUCCUUCCUCUACGGUGAUUGGACCAGUGCCUUGUCGAUCUCACUCUCAUUUGUCCACACUACAGCGGGCCAUUCUCUGGAAGACUCUGUGUCCUCAUUGGCUAGCAGCAGUGGAAGAAGACCUCAUGGCCUGUGCGAAUGGACACAUGCCUCAAUCAUAUACUGGAGACCCCUCAGUGACCUCAGUGGAAAACAUCUCCAACCUACUGUCCAAACAUGAAGGUCCUGUAGUUGUGUGUUUACCAGAUAUGACCAGAGAAGCAGCAGUGAGCAUCCACCCUCUCCACUUGAUUAAACAAAUUGCACAGUGCCAAGUGGACAACAAAAGGGUGAGUGUUAUUUCUUUCGGGUCUGGCUGUCAUGGAGAUGCUGUUCUCUCAGCUCUGGACAUCGCUGUCCAAAAUGGCCACUGGUUAGUGCUGAACAACUGUCAUCUGCUGGACUGUUGGGAUGUCAGAGUUGUGAACAAGUUAACACAAGUAGUGUCCUUCACUACAAAAGAUUUGGAGACAGAUGGUGGGCCUCUUCUAAACGCUAAGAAUGCAGGACGAUUUGUGCAUCCCCAGUUUAGAUUGUGGCUUAUAACCAAAGCUGACAGACCUCGCUCGGUCCCAGUUUCUGUUAGGAUUAGAGCCUUGCACUUGGCGUGUGAUUCCUCCUUGGACCUGAAGGAUGAACUGUGGUCCUCGAUAAAACAGACAAUCCCCAUGUUUUCUCCUGAAGCCUCUGUGCAGAUUCAGUGUGCCAUCCUGCAUUCUGUCCUGCUGCACAGACAAACAUUCAAACACACGGGCCAAGCACAGCUCUACUUUUGGACUCAGGAAGAUUUACAUGCUCUGAUUGACACAUAUCACCGCAUAGCCAAACACUGCAGUGAUUCCUCUAGAGCUUUGGAAUACAUAGCAGGUCACCUGGUUUAUGGGAGCCACGUGUCAGACCAUGCUGAUCUAGCAGCUGUGCAAAGUGUGGUUAGAGCUUGUCUGAGUCAACCGUCUACUUCAUGGGAGAGUGGUCAAUGCAUUCUUUCUGAUAUCAUUAACUUAAUAAGAAAAUGUGAAGGUGAGAACCUACUGACAGAAGUGAGACAUCACAUUCAGUCUAUCAGCAGAGACACACUCCCGUUACUUCUGGGCUUUAGUCCAGGAAUGGCAGAUGAACUGGUCAAACUAAAAAGUUAUAGCCUCAGCAAUCUUCUACAUCAAUCACAAAACAUCUGUGUGGAUGCCAGAAGAGAAACCAAUGUUGUACUGCUACCCCAAGAACUUCCAGACUACCGGACGGCUUGGGAAAGGCUGCUGACUUUACAAGACAAGCUAAGGAAAAUGGAGAUUGGCAUGGGAAUGGAAUCUUCUUAUGGGCCGUUGCAUUGUUUUUUCCAGGCAGAAUGGGAACGUCUGGACUCAAUGGUGUCUUCCCUGCUCUCAGACAAUUUUCAGCCGGUUAAAUAUAACAUGACAAGCUCCGCUGCUGCACUUCUAACAGCAUCAGCUCUCUCACGUCUGGAGACUCGAGCAGAGCUGCUCAGGUCGUACCUGUGGGAAGAGUCAUCCAGGAUUACACCUCAUGUUUAUCGAUUGGCUGCCUUUCACAAUCCCAGAGGCUUUCUGGCAGCGCUUAUCAGAGAUGAAGCCCACAUCCAAAACAAGGAGAUCAGUCUUUACUGUUUGAAUUUCAAGGUGCUUCAUAAUAUGGUACCUCCCCAACGGGGUAUUUGUCUGUCUGGAUUGGAGCUGCAGGGGGCGCUGUGGGAUUCAGGGUCUGGUGGUCUUCAAGACUCUCAGUCUCCCAAUCCUUCUUCUUUCCCGCCCAUCUGGGUCAGUGUUGAAGAGUGCAAAGGUGACAGGAUCAAUUCUUCUAAAAGCUCACAAUGUAAUUCCUCAUCCCUGUACUACUGCCCCCUGUAUGUGGACACACACACUGCAGACGGAGGUCAGCGUCUAUGUGAGGACAAUAUUAUCACCCAUGUUCCACUUGCAGCAAGGUUAGAUCCAGUGCUCUGCACUAUGAGACACGUUAGGUUAACCAGUACUCUAUUUUAACAGACCUUGUGAUGAAUGAUUUAAAAUGUAUGCUCUUGAUGAAAAUAUGUGUAAAAUUAUAGCAACAUUGUACUUCGCAGACGGAGAAUUUACCAAUUGUUUAGAGAGAAAAAAAAAACAUUGACAAGUUCAGUUAUUGCUCUCAUUUCUAAUACAUUUAUGACUAUUUUAAAUACAUUUGAACAUGUUUGUGUAGGUAAAAUUAACAAAAAGAACAACAAACAUAACAAAAAUAACAAAAAAGCAAGUUUUAAAAAUAUAUCUGCAAGAAUUGACCAAAAAAAGAAGGUUAUUGACUUUUGGAAAUGUUGGUAGAGUUUGGUUUAAAUCACCCAGUUCAGGACUCUGACACUUGUGUUCAUAACAGCCUCUGGAUCGACAUCCUCCUACCUCAACACGUUACAGAUGUGUGUGGGUGAAACUCACGACGCCUGUCAUGAAGUCCAUGUCAGAUUUCACUCCCGAAUCAAAAAAUACAAAUAAAAAAAUGUAGGAAGUGCUA